GAAAAAUUGAAUUGUGCCGCUUUGUGAAAUUGUUUUUCAAUCGUGUUGGAGAUUUGUAAACUUGUAAUCAAAAAAAAGACCAUGAAUUCCCGCAAGAAUAACACCAGCAACAGCAGCAGUGAAUCUGCAAAUGCCAUAAGCUACGUUAGAGAUUUUAGUGUACAGGCGGCUAUAUAUCGCAACAACAAAUCAGAGGAAUCACUGGUUUUGCUAAAUCGCAGUGCUUCCCUGCUCAGCACUGCCAUACUGCCUCAAUACUUUGCACCCGGCAAUUUGGAAAUAUCGAAAUUCUACAUUGAUUUGCAUGCUGUGAUGGGAAGCUUAUCCGCUGAUUCAGAUGCCUUGUGGGCCUGUGUGGCUGUAUUGCAGCAUUGUUCCAAGAAUUUGGAGGCUCGUGCGGCCAUUGUAGAUGAAUAUCGUUUUAUACCACUGUUGACAUUUCUCUUAAAACGCACCCAACCGGGAGACAAACAGCAGAGAGUGUUAACUUUAUUACAGGAGUUGACAUUUGGCAUAAAAAUUACAUGGGAAGAGCCAUAUAUUGUGGUAUUGCUGGAACAAUUAGUGCAAAUUGUCUACCAAGCCUCAGAGGAGGGCGAGGAAUUACAUGCCCAGUUAGCUUUGUCCACGCUUAUAAAUAUGUGCUAUAAAAAUUUUGUUGUUCUAUUCCUGUUCUUGCGUUCUGUAAAUAUUUCAAGCUUCAGUCGACGCAUACAAAACUAUGGAAUGUUGGCCAAUAAAAUGUUGAUCAUUCUCUCUGAGGACAUUCAUUCGCCAGACCAAAAGGAGUUGCAUUUAUUUUUGCGUUCAUGCUUUGCUGCUAUCGAUGAAUGCAUUAAAACAUGGAAUGUUCCACACUUGAGGCAUAUUGUAGAGUUUCUGAAGGAUUCAAAAGCGCACAGUGGUCUCCAUCAGGCAAUGUUGAGCUAUCAAUUUUACUUUGAGGAUAUCGAAAAGGUUUUGGAUCGUUUAGAAACCAGAGCAAGCAUGGACGAUUCAAAUGAGGACACGCGUAAGCAUCAGCAAAUAUGCUUGGGAUUGCUAUUUGAACUAAUGGAGCACAUCAUGGACCUCUCGGGUCAAGUGGAUGAGGAAGGCAAAGAAAAUGCAGCCAUAAGUUUAGAUUCCAACAUUCCUAGAAUCUUUGAACUGUUAUGUAACUGGCUGCAGUCUGCAGUGUGUGGUGUGCAAGCUAUAAAUCUGCUAGACAGCCUAGUCAGGCUUGCUAAAAAGGAAUCAAUAGCACCACGUAUUUCACGUGAUCCCUCUGUGGUAAUUCAAUUGAUAAAUUCGUCCGAAAAACCUGAGACAUCACCUCUUCAGACUGCGGCUGUGCUUCGGCUUUUAGUUUCACUAUUGCAUCAGACAAAAACGGAGAAAUUAAUUUUGUCAAAAAUAACUGAAUCGUAUUUUGAUAAAAUAUUGGCUCCAUUGCUGGCGAUAAAACCGGAAAUGCCAGACAAUUCCCUGAGUAAGGAGGAAAUUGAAAAGUCCAUUUUCUGUCUGCUGCUGUUGAUAAAUUUCACCGAUAUUGCCAAGAAGGCCUAUUUUGAGAAGUGUUGCACUUUAUUGCAAUUGCCACAAAUACAGCAUGCCUUGGCCAGAGCCAUGAUUAGUGGCGGCGAAAGAGUUUGUUCUGCAGUUUUUCAAAUAUCUCAAUUUGAGCAUUUUCCCCAGACAGAAGUGGCCAAGCAUAUUUCAAAACUGAAUUCUUCCAUCAAUCAAAUGUCCACUUGCUCAGCUCCAUCUGGAGACCAAUGGCGUAAUUUAAAUGCUAUUCUUAAAAGCCAUAAAACUUUCGUUAGCAAAGAGUUGGAAGAACGAUUGCAUGCCUUAAUCGAUGUCAUAUCUAAUGCUGAACGUAACAAUCAACUCAACAAUGUUGCAACCUCACAGAUUAUGGAGUUAUUCAAUUAUAAAAUUAAAAAUUUAAAUGCUGCAGAGAAAAGCAUGCAGAAGCGGCUGGAGGAUGCCAGUAAUGAGAUUACUCAAUUGACUCAACGCAUCAAUUUUCAAAAUGCCGAGCUGGAAAAGUACCAUACUAUGAAUUUUGAGCUACACAUUAAUCAGGAAUCUCUUCAAACGCAAUGCAAGGAUUUGAAACAUCAGAAAGAUAACUUGAAACGAAACAUGACGGAGCUUAUGAAAAAACUAUCAGAACAAUCGGAGACACUACAAAUCAGUGAAAAGCGUUUGGCUGUCAAGGUUUCAGAAAUGAUUGUGCUGCAAAAAAGCUACAACGAUCUCAAGGAUCAACUUCAACAAAAAACAGAGGAAUUGGAGAAAUUGCACACAGCUAGCAAAGAGAGUUCCCUACGCAUUGAUAAACUCAAGAAGACAAUUACCGCAUAUGAGGUUGAUAUGAAAGAGAAAACACGCCACAUUGAGGAAAAAGAACGAGAGUUGGCUAAAACCCAAAAAUCCCUCGAAGAGCAACGAGAUGCCAAAAAGAAAUGCGAUGGUGUUAUCACCGUUCUCGAAUCACAGCUUCAAGAAAAGAAUGAGCAAAUACGUAACUAUGAGUUGGAGUUGAGCGAGACAGAAGAACUGCGUAAGACAAUUAUGAGUUUGAUGGAAAGUAAAAAGCCUAAACGUAAAUAAUAAAAAAAAAAAAACACAAUCAUUAAUAACACUAUGCUCCGAUUUUUAAGCAGCAUAUGCGUUAUUAAUUAUUCUAAGAGUGGAAAAACCUAUGAAAAUAUUUUAUGCAUGUGGUUGGAACAAGCCGAGGAACCGAAAUCUUGAAUUUUUAUGCAUUUUAAUAAUUAAGUUGCCACAUAUGGCAUAAAUGUAUAUUAACGGCCGCAUUCACAAAACUUAAUGAAGGCUUAAAAUAGGUUUUUUUGACUGUUCUAUAAUGGAAAUCUGUCAAAUCCAGAGCAAUUUCAAAUCUACAUUGAGUUUUGUGAAUGGCGGUAAAAAUAUAUGUGUACACUUAUGUAAGUAUAUGAAGGAAGAGGUCCCAUUUCGUCAUCGUUUGUAUUAGUUUUCUGUCAGUAAUUGUAAAAUAUGUUAAAAAAAGAGUAUUUUAUAUUUAUUUAUUAAAUUCAUCAUAAUCAUUAUCAUAAAUGCAUGA